CUGCUUUUUUAUCAUUUAAAAUUAUUUACAAUUUUACUUAUAGUUACAUUUAAAUGCUCUAAAGUAAUUAUAAAUGAUUUAGUAAAAAAUCUUAACAAAUAAAAUUAUUUUUUGCAGUGCCACAUACGGCGAAAUUUGUAACUUUUCAUAUCUGUUUAUAUGAUUUGUUAUUUAAACUAUAUAUUUGACAUACGAAUGGAACCGUUUCUUUUCUAAAUUAGUAUCAACACAUGAAUACAUCGCAUUGUUUUUGAGAAAAUUAGUUUUUAUAAUUAAAAUUGUAGUUCCAGAGGAUGGCAUCCAGCGAUUCAAGUACAGACGACUCAUUGUAUCCUAUUGCUGUUUUAAUUGAUGAACUGCGAAAUGAAGAUGUUCAAUUGCGGCUGAACAGUAUUAAGAAGUUGUCAACUAUAGCCUUAGCACUCGGAGUGGAACGAACUAGGAGUGAAUUAAUUCCUUUUUUAACUGAUACUAUUUAUGAUGAAGAUGAAGUUCUCUUGGCCCUUGCUGAACAACUUGGUACAUUUACUCCUCUUGUAGGAGGUCCUGAAUAUGUACACUGUCUUCUACCGCCACUUGAAAGCUUGGCUACCGUCGAAGAAACUGUGGUUCGAGAUAAAGCUGUAGAAUCUUUGCGCAACAUAUCGCAGCAACAUAGCGCUGCUGAUUUAGAACAGCAUUUUGUACCUUUGGUCAAAAGAUUAGCUUCUGGUGACUGGUUUACUUCCCGUACAUCAGCAUGUGGUUUGUUUGGUGUUUGCUAUUCAAGAUUAUCUGCACCACUUAAAGCUGAGUUGCGCAACCAUUUUCGAAAUCUUUGUCAAGACGAUACACCAAUGGUACGUCGAGCUGCCGCGAAUAAAUUAGGUGAAUUUGCUUAUGUUGUUGAAAUAGAGUUUGUCAAGUCAGAUUUGAUACCGAUGUGGGCCAAUCUUGCACAAGAUGAACAGGACUCAGUACGCCUCUUAGCUGUGGAAGCAUGUGUUUCUAUAUCUGAACUUUUACCUCAAGAUGACAUUGAACAGUUUGUAAUGCCAAUUCUUCGUCAAGCUGCUGAAGACAAAUCGUGGAGAGUACGUUAUAUGGUAGCUGAUAAAUUCAACGAGAUUCAAAAAGCAGUUGGACCUGAAAUAACCAAAACAGAUUUAGUACCUGCAUUUCAAAACCUGUUAAAAGACUGUGAAGCUGAAGUUCGGGCUGCUGCUGCUCAUAAAGUUAAAGAUUUCUGUCAGAAUUUGCCUGCUGAUAUACAAGAAGCUGUAAUAAUGAAUAAUAUUCUUCCGUGUAUCAAAGAAUUAGUAGCUGAUGCAAAUCAACAUGUGAAAUCUGCUUUAGCCUCUGUUAUUAUGGGUCUAUCUCCUAUUUUAGGGAAACAGAACACGAUUGAACACCUGCUCCCUCUUUUCUUGUCCCAACUGAAGGAUGAAUGUCCAGAUGUGAGACUCAAUAUUAUAUCCAAUCUUGAUUGUGUGAAUGAGGUUAUUGGAAUUACACAGCUCUCACAAAGUCUUCUUCCUGCCAUUGUGGAAUUGGCUGAAGAUAGUAAAUGGAGAGUGAGAUUAGCAAUUAUAGAAUAUAUGCCUCUCUUAGCCGGUCAAUUGGGAGUAGAAUUUUUUGAUGAAAAAUUAAAUACUUUAUGCAUGACUUGGUUAGUGGAUCAUGUAUUUGCUAUCCGGGAAGCAGCAACACAAAAUUUAAAAAAACUGGUAGAAAAAUUUGGUUCUGAAUGGGCCACUAACACAGUAAUCCCUAAAGUAUUGACAAUGGCUCAGGAUCAAAAUUAUCUUCAUCGCAUGACUUGCUUGUUUUGUGUGAAUGUACUAGCUGAAGCAUGUGGAUCAGAAAUAACCGCUAAGUUUAUGCUUCCAACUGUUUUGGGUCUUGCAAAUGACAAUGUUGCAAAUGUACGAUUCAAUGUUGCAAAGACCUUGCAAAGGAUAGGGCCUGUACUAGAUAAUACUGCUCUAGAGAGUCAAGUCAAACCCUGUCUUGACAAACUGAACAAUGACAAUGACAUAGAUGUUAGAUAUUUUGCAUCUGAAGCUUUAGGAGCUUUAGGAGCUUAGUUUGAUGUGCUGCGGAAAUUAUGGCUUUUUGUUUUAUCUUAAAAAGAUGUUCAAGUCAUCAUUAAUCUUUUCUUUGUUACAAUCACUCAAGUAAAAAAAAAAUACAAGAGCUCCCAACCGUGCAUAAAUGUAUACAUUGCAGAUGUUGACAAUGCCAUAAAGUGUGCAAUAACUCACUUUAAAAUAACUAAUCAUCUACAAAUGUAUUUCCUCUUCAAAGUAAUGCUAAAGCUGUAAAUUUCACUCCACUAUGUUUUAGUUCUCAAUUCCUAAUAAAAUAUGAUUUUAAGUAUUCUCUUUUUGUUUUCUUAAAUUUUUCCAAAGUUUAUUUAUCAAGUUGAUGUGAAAAUAUAUUUCUUUCACUGGAAAUACUUUCCAGAAUGUAUGUUGUAUACUCCAGAUUUUGCUUUGAAUGAUUGUUGUGUUGACCUUUAUAAAACUCCUUUAUCAUAUUUCAUUUCUAGUUCAUUUGAAUGUAUUUAAAUUGCAACUAGAGCAUUGUCUGCCAUCAAUAAGCAUUGUACUUUUAUUUUUUGUUUGUGUGUGUUCUUAUUUUGUAUACAUUAUACCAGUGUGAGCUACUUUUUUUAAGCUGUUCUUAAUUUAUAAAUAAACGUAUGGUAUAAAAUAUAAUCUGGUCUAUAUAGGUUUGUCAUGACUUCGCUUGUAGAAGUUCAAAUGUUUGUGAUUCUAAGUCACAGAGAACCACUGUAUAGCUGGGGAACUUGUAUGGAUGAAAUCAUCUAGAAAAUGCUGGACCAUUUUUAAUCUCAAUUUAUGAAAUGUAGUACUACUUAUUAAAUAGAUCUGCAUUUUUUGCCACCCCCCCAUUUAGCAUCAAAGAGAUCAACAAAGGAAAUCCAUAUUUUGAACAUCCAGUGUUUGUAAGACAUGUUUCUUUGUUGGUUAUUUUGCCUUUUCUGUAUAUCUUGUGAGAGUAUUAAAAUUCAAUUAUUAACUAA